CACGCAGGGAAAACAUCAUGGAUAUCAACGCACAGAAAACGAAAAUUCCAUCAAGAGAAAAACUUGGUGACCGUCUUCAAAAGGCCUCAUCGCUGUUGUCUGUUGCAGCCAUUCUGAUGACGGUUUCUCUCUUUGUAAGAACGGAGACAAACACAAAAAUGCUGGAUUCAAAAUUUACGCUGAAAAUUCAAGAAAUGGGAGAUGCUCUCGAAUCUGUGAGAGCUACUCUACUUCGUAAAGACUCAGACAUCUCCAACGAUAUGAAACACGACUUCAGCAUUGUUCGUCGCAGCUUAACCACCACCCGGAGUGAUUUAGUUAAUCAACUGAAAGACGGUUUCAGGAAGUACACGACCUCUCUCGUAACUGAGUCUGUAAAGACUUACUGCCUCUCCGCUGGUAAAGUCUGUGUGGCAGGGCCGCGGGGGCCAAAGGGAAUCCCGGGAAAGCGCGGUAAACGAGGUCCAAGGGGAUCUAGGGGAAAAAGGGGAGUGAAAGGCAAACCUGGAAAACAAGGAAUGAAAGGAGAUGUUGGAAAUCCUGGAAUGAAGGGAGAAAAGGGCGAUAAAGGAGUUCCUGGUCAUCCGGGACCUAAAGGUGAACCUGGCCAGUCCAUAUCUGCUCCAAACGUUGAUGUUUCUCCUGCCUCACAUACAAUCACUGAGAACCAGACCGCCACGUUUAGCUGCUCAGCUGAUGGCAAUCCAAAACCCAGAGUAACUUGGAGUAAAGAGGGUGGUCCAGGACAAGUCAGUAUGAACGGUCACGAUAAUAAGUUGAAGAUUAAAAAUGCUGCUUAUAAUGACUCAGGAAGCUAUGUUUGUACGGCCACAAGUAUCUUGGGAAAAGCUCAGAAGACGGUGAAUCUUACCGUUGAAGCUCCUCCACGAUUCAUCCAUAUUCCCGAGAGGCUAACAAAAAUCCUUGCAAACUCAGUCGCCUCUGUUCGUUGCCAAGCUGUUGGUUUUCCGCCACCAACUAUAGUUUGGUCGAGAGAAUUCAUCCCGUUACCGCAAGGCCGGACCACGAUUGCCAAGAAUGGCACCCUUAUUAUCGCCAACUUUGGUCCUCUAGACAAUGGUACAUAUCAAUGUAAAGCCAGCAACAAGCUUGGAUCUGUUAGUGUGCUAACAACCUUGGAUUAUGAUGAACGAGUUCCUCGAAUGCCCUCGACUAUAUUAGCAGGCAAUUUGGUUUAUGAAAGCAAACUCCAACAGUUUUUGAAACCUGCCGUUGGAAGUCAUCCUCGAUGGGUGCUGUGCUACCGCGCCUCCUCUCACGGCUGGGCGGCCAGUAUCUUCCACAGAAGGUGUGAUGGGAAACGGAACACAGUCUCCAUCAUAAAAGUUGGACAGUACGUGUUUGGAGGAUACACGGACAUUUCAUGGGAGUCUGGUGGUCGCUGGACAGGUACUUCCAAGGCGUUCAUAUUUUCACUCCGAAAUAAAGAAGGAUUGGCACCAUUCAAGAGCCUGGUUACUACGCCUAAAUAUGCUAUUUACAGGAGUUCAAGCUAUGGGCCCACAUUUGGUGGAGGAUUCGACAUUGUUAUUAAAGAUAAUGCAAACAGUAACACAAACUCCUACACACGCUUUGGCUCUUAUUAUUCACUCCCAAGUGGUAUAAAGGACCGAAAUACAAUCCUGGCUGGGACUUAUUACUUCACACCUGAUGAGUUUACUUACAGCAAGGCACGCAGGGAAAACACCAUGGAUAUCAACGCACAGAAAACGAAAAUUUCAUCAAGUCAAAAACUUGGUGACUGUCUUCAAAAGGCUUCAUCGCUGUUGUCUGUUGCAGCCAUUCUGAUGACGGUGUCUCUCUUUGUUAGAUCGGAGACAAACACAAAAAUGCUGGAUUCAAAAUUUACUCUGAAAAUUCAAGAAAUGGGGGAUGCUCUCGAAUCUGUGAGGGCUGCUUGCCAAGUUCUUCGUGAAGACCGAGACAUUUCAAACGGUAGGAAACAGGACGUCAAAAUUGUUCGCCGCAGCUUAACGACCAACCGGAGCGACUCAGUUAAUCAAGCAGAAGCCGACACUGGUUUCAGGAAGUACAUGACCUCUAUUGUAACUGAGUCCAUAGGGACUUACUGCCUCUCCCCUGGUAAAGUCUGUGUGGCAGGGCCUCGGGGACCAAGGGGAAUUCCGGGAAAUCGCGGUAAACGAGGUCCAAGGGGAUCUAAAGGAAAAACGGGAGGGAAAGGCAUUAUGGGAUCACCUGGCAAAUCUGGAGAACCGGGAAUGAAAGGAGAUGUUGGAAAUCCUGGAAUGAAGGGAGAAAAGGGCGACAGAGGAGUUCCUGGUCAUCCAGGACCUAAAGGGGAACCUGGCCAGUCCAUAUCUGCUCCAAACGUUUAUGUUUCUCCUGCCUCACAUACAAUCACUGAGAAUCAGACCGCCACGUUUAGCUGCUCAGCUGAUGGCAAUCCAAAACCCAGAGUAACUUGGAGUAAAAUGAGUGGUGCAGGACAAGUCAAUAUGAACGGUCACGAUAAUACAUUGCAGAUCAAAAAUGUUGCUUAUAACGACUCAGGAAGCUAUGUUUGCGUGGCCACAAGCAUCUUAGGAAAAGCUCAGAAGACGGUGAAACUUACCGUUGAAGCUCCUCCACGAUUCAUCCAUACUCCCGAGAGGCUAACUAAAGUCCUUGCGAACUCAGUCGCCUCUAUUCGUUGCCGAGCUUUUGGUUUUCCGCCACCAACUAUAGUUUGGUCAAGAGGAUUUGUCCCGUUACCGCAAGGCCGGACCACGAUUGCUAAGAAUGGCACCCUUAUUAUAGCCAACUUUGGUCCUUUAGACAGUGGUACAUAUCAGUGUAAAGCCAGCAACAAGCUUGGAUCUGUUAGUGUCCUAACAACAUUAGAUUAUGAUGAGCAAGCACCUCAAAUAGCCUCGACUAUAUUAGCAGGCAAUUUGGAUUAUAAAAGCAAACUCCAUCAGUUUUUGAAACCUGCCGUUGGAAGUCAUCCUCGAUGGGUGCUGUGCUACCGCGCCUCCUCUCAUGGCUGGGCGACCAGUAUCUUCCACAGAAGGUGUGAUGGGAAACGGAACACAGUCUCCAUCAUAAAAGUUGGACAGUACGUGUUUGGAGGAUACACGGACAUUUCAUGGGAGUCCAGUGGUGGCUACACAAGUACUUCCAAGGCGUUCAUAUUUUCUCUCCGAAAUAAAGAAGGACUGGCACCAUUCAAGAGCCUGGUUACUGGUUAUGCUAUUUACAGGAGUUCAAGCUAUGGGCCCACAUUUGGUGGAGGACCCGACAUUGCUAUUAGAGAUAAUGCAAACAGUAACACAAACUCCUACACACUCUUUGGCAAUUCUUAUUCACUCCCAAGUGGUAUAAAGGACCAAAAAACAAUCCUGGCUGGGACUUAUAAGUUCACACCUGAUGAGGUGGAGGUUUUCUAUCUUGGUUGAGUCAACACUGCUAUAUCAUAAUUCCACCACAAAUCCCGGUAAAAUAGUGUCAUACUUCGAUUCAAUUUACCUUUUGGCUUUGUCAGCUGAAAAGCAGACCUUUUAAAACUAGUCUCAAACACUGAUGUUUUAUUGUUUAGCAAAAGAACAAUUUUGUUUGCUUUUCUUCCAUAUAUUGCAUGGUAAAAAAAUUUAAGGGGCUUCACCCGACGGUAGUUUGUAAAUCUUGACGUUUGCAUGAUGGGUAAAAUUCGUGAGGUUUGUCAGUGUUACAAUAUUUUUGGCCUAAUUUAGAUAUAAGAAACGAAAAUAUUCCCAGAACUUCCAAAGAAUUUAUUCUUGAGUGAUUCAGAUAGUUCCAACAAUUUUCCUAGAUGGAGGAGAUUUUAUUCCAUAAAACCGACAUAAAGAUAAUAUGCGAAGAACGGGAUUCUAAUCUCAGAAGUCACUUGAUUCGAUUACGUAAUGCGAAGGAGGAAAAGUGCAACGGUCGCGAGCAAACUCCUAUUUUUAACUCUAGAUAAGUAUAACUAAGUUAUUUUCAGUCAUUCCUAAGGACAAUAUUGAAGUUUGAGAUAAGUUCCUUAAAAUAGUCAUGAAUGAUAAUAAACCGAGUUUUUAUGAAUACGGCUAAGGUUGAGAUGUAAUCAAUGAAAGUCGAAGACGGGCUGGAGAGAAUAAAUAAUCGUGCCUCGUGUUAAACAACUAAUUCUUUCGAUGCUGCAGUCAAAAGUUAGCUUUAGGUUUGCUUAGUGAAUUUCUCUACAGCAGAGAGCACUGACCAAUGGGAACCUUCGCCAUACUUAGUGCAAAGGAUAGUAUGUUAUGACCACAGAAACAAACAUAACAACCCAAAGCAACUGCUCACGCGACCUUAAAGAAUGGUCCUCUUGAGGAGGCUCCAUAGGGUUUUUGCGCAAUGUUGGCGCGCGCGCCAGCGUAUUGUUUUUCUGGAAAAUUUUUAUGUUUUCGUUCUUCUAGGUCACUAAAAGCCAUCAGAUCUGAUUGUCGACUUCGACUUUCUUGUAGACUUUUUUUCCAUAGUCCUCUUCUCGCAAAAGUAAACUAUUUUCUUGUACAUCCCCAUAUUACACGAUAAAACACGUGUAUUACGCUAGAAGGAUUCAAAGGUCCAAUUCAAAUGUCCCACCCCACCCAGGCAAAGUACACAUCCCCAAACCCCUCGGGAACAGACGAUGGUCAAAUACCCGUUGAGGAGGAGGGGAGAGGUGUCGAACUUUCGAAUUGAUUGGCGCAUAAUGUUCAUGUCUUAAAUUCUUAGAUCCUGAAUGUAAGUAUAUUGAGUCUGGAUAAAACUGGACAACGAAAGAAACUGACAUGAUGUAUGUUGAUCAGUAUUUUGAGAUAGAUUAUUAGUCUACUGGAAUGAGUAGCAGCGCCUAUAGACGAGAUUUGAGAGAUGACGCAUGUCAUGGUUCAACUAAGUAAUAUAAUUGCAAGCUAAGGUACAUUCAAAUUAAGAAAGCUUUAAGUUCACCUGUCGGACUACACGAUCUUUACUGAAAUGAAAUAAUUAAAGUUUGAGUUUUACCGAAAA